GGAGCACAGCAACAACAACAAUUACCAAGGUCAAGGCCACCAAAGAAACAAGUGAGAAGAAGACUCCACACAACCAGGCCUUACCAAGAAAGAUUGUUCAACAUGGCAGAAGCUCGAAGAGAGAUUGUAGCUGCCCUCAGAUUGCACAGAGCUGCCAUUAAACAAGCAAAUGAACAUCAGCAACAACAACAGAACUCGGCACCAGCAUCAAAUUUCAACCUCUCUGCACCGCCCAUGAAAGAAACAUCGAAUGAGCUGAUGGGUUCUGUGAGGAACACUACAAAUCAUCUGCCGAAUUACAACUUUACUAACUACUUGCAUGGCGCUCCUUUCUCGCCCAUAACUUUCCCUUCUUCCUUCUCGUGGGCUUGUCCAUCGAUUACACCUUUGUCCAUCUCUGAUAACCUGAAUUUUCCUUUGCCUGAUCAGCCAUUAGGCCUAAACCUCAACCUUCAAAGUUUCAAGGAUAUCGACAUUUCCUUGCGCCACAACCACCGCAAUCAACAACCAAUUGAAUCAUCACAAGCUUCAUCAUCGUCUUGUUCUUAUUCUCCUCCUAGUGCCAUGUUGGGUAUAGAAUUACCGGCUGUCUCAAACAAUUCCAAACAAGCCUCUCAAGUUCGAUUGGACCCUGCAUCCAUGCCGCUGCACCUGGCGAUGGAUGAUGAAGAGAUGGCAGAGAUACAUUCAAUUGGGGAACAACACGACAUGGAGUGGAAUGAUAAAGUGAAUUUGGCAACAACAGCAUGGUGGAGUAAAUUCCUGAAAAGCAUGGAAGGUGGCCUAGAGGAGAGAGAGGGUGGAGUCGGUGCAGAUAGGCUUCAUGUGUUUGAUGAGUUCCUAGAUAUACCAUCUUGGUUAAAUGAUGGUGUCGAAGGGAAUACAAAGGAGACUUCCUCUUGUCAGCAAGAUUUGGAUGACAAUUUUCAAGUGGAGGAUUAUUUGCAAGAUACAUCCUUGGCAAGCUUGGAUAUUGGAGAAAUUGGAUAUUGGUAAGAAGAAUGGUUUUCAGAGUGAGAAAGAUGAUUUUUGACAAGGGCUAUUUCAUCAAUACUUCAAUAAAAUGAAACUCAAGGUUCUCUUGGAGAUUGCAGUGUAAUGAGACUCACAAUUUUCAAAGAAAUCUUUCAUCAUGACCCAAAUAAAGUGCUCUCUUAGAUAUAGAAUGGCAAGUUCAAGAGUUGAAUACAAUGUAACAGGGAACAGUUUCAUUUUCUUUGAGAUGUCAAAGUUUUUGUUUUUGUUGUUUGUUACUGACUGUGAUGGAUGUGAUGUGAAAUGACUAAAUUGAUGACUAUAUAUAAGCCA